UUUCGAACCCUCAAAAACACGUAUUUCACCACAUCUGUCGACUCGUGAUGGGUGAACUCUUUUCGUACGGUUUCGAGGGACCGUCAACAUUAAAUUCAACAUGCUCAUCUUUCCUGACUGGAGAAACCGUAUGUCUUCCACCAGUCAAAAUCCCAUUCUACUUCUCCCUCCGCCAAAACCUAUUCGACGGCAUUCCAGACACACACAUCGCACUCGCUGCCCCCGUGCUCGCUUAUUGGCUCCUGUCUUUUGUAUUCUAUUGCCUUGACAUAUCCGGCUGGCGAUGGCUUGAUAAGUAUCGUAUUCACGAGUCAGAGGAGGUUAAAUCUAGGAAUCUGGCUACUCCUUGGGAGGUCGCACGAGCUGUCCUAUUCCAGCAUGUGACGCAAACUGUGUUGGGUUUAGCAUGGUUGGCAGAGUCUCCAGAGAUCUCGGUUGCGCGGUGUCAGAGCGAGAUGGAGGCAUUGGGAAGAACACUGGUAUGGGUUGUGCGACGUCUUUUGGGAGAGGAAACAGGAAUGAAGUUUUUGGAGCUGAGGGGGCCUGGGAUAACCCAUUGGCUGUACUGGUGGGGAAUUCCAGCUGCCCAGAUCUUACUCGCGCUGUUCAUUGUCGAUACCUGGCAGUACUUCCUCCAUCGCUUGAUGCACACGAACAGAUAUCUCUACAAGAAGAUACACUCUGUGCAUCACAGACUUUACGUUCCCUAUGCCUUUGGGGCAUUGUACAACCAUCCUUUCGAGGGCUUCUUGUUAGACAGUGCAGGCGCGGCAUUCGCAGAGAGCCUCUCGCAUCUUUCCGUUCGACAAACUAUUUUCCUCUUUGCGUUCAGCACUUGCAAGACUGUCGACGAUCACUGCGGAUACAGUCUCCCAUUUGAUCCAUUCCAGAUGAUGAGCGGAAACAACGCAGACUACCAUGACAUACAUCAUCAGGCCAUCGGAAUCAAAUCAAAUUUCUCACAGCCUUUCUUCGUCCAUUGGGAUGUUCUACUCGGGACGCGCAUGACCAGAGAAAAUAUUCAACAACGCAGAAACAAGGUCAAGAAAUCGUGAUACACCGAUGUUCCGAAUUUUAGUUUUCUUUUCUUCGAAUCAUUCAAUCAGGACUACACGGUUCGCUCACUCCUCACCAGAUCCUAUGAAGAUCCUUAGUACAUCCCUCGCGUGUCAGGAUUUAAUCGAGAUCCAUUAAUUCUACACUGAUUAUUUAUCACUCCUACACCCCAGUGAAAGUCGGACAUACGGGUUUCCACCCGCAGCAACGCAUAUACUGUGGCUGUGACACUUCUUAUUGCGUAGAUGCGCGUCGGUAUUGCGCUUUCCGUAGCUGCGAAAACGAUGCGCUUCAACGCUGGUGUAUGCUUCUCGAUGCAUUGACUACUGGAUAGUAGAUUUGAAUAUAACUGUGUAUCCCUUUGAUAUUUUGCUGGCUUCGACGCAAAUAUACGGAAAUCGAUGCAUUGCAACAUAGCCUACAAUACAAAACAUGCCAAUAAAAUCUACCCGCGCUCGUUCGCGCUA